UUUUCCUGCCUCUGUCCCACACACAAUCCCAAAAUUUCAUCCUCGAUUUAGUAGUCACUUUCUACUCAGACUUCAGCCUGGCCGGCACAACCAUUCCGGCUAAGGGGGAGGAGGACUUCCUCGCGCUGGCCGCCUCCCGGCUCAGCUGCAAGAAACGCGUCAUCGGGGCUGGAGUUGGCGUGGCCAUGGUCCUGGUCCUGCUGGUGGCCAUCCCCCUAUUGGUCCACACCACCAAAGGGGGUGGGUCUGGAGGAGGGGGCACACAUUAUGAGAUGCUCGGGAGCUGCAAGAUGGUGUGUGACACUUUCACCCCCCCACAGGGAGAGCUUACUGUUGUCUCCCCUCAGCCCCCAGACUUCUCAAACCGCAGGGGAAAACAAGGGUUUAGAGGGAGCCCCGGACUUCCUGGUCCUCCAGGUCCUAAAGGGCCCCCUGGCGAGCCAGGCAAGCCUGGCCCAUCUGGUCCACCAGGGCCCGGACCUGGUGGCUACGGCCCCUCUUUCUACAGCCCCAAAAUUGCCUUCUACGCAGGCCUCCGGAAACAACACGAAGGGAGCGAAAUACUAAAGUUUGAUGAUGUGGUGACCAACGUAGGGAACUACUACGAGCCGAGUACAGGCAAGUUCACCUGCCCUCUGCCUGGCAUCUACUACUUCACCUACCAUGUCCUGAUGAGAGGUGGUGAUGGCACGAGCAUGUGGGCCGACCUGAAGAAGAACGGACAGGUGAGGGCCAGUGCAAUCGCUCAAGAUGCAGAUCAGAACUACGACUAUGCCGCCAACAGUGUCAUCCUUCAUCUGGACGUGGGCGACGAGGUGUGUGUACAGCUGGACGGCGGCAAAGUUCACGGGGGAAACACCAACAAAUACAGCACCUUCUCCGGCUUCCUCAUCUACCCUGACUGACAGUACACUUAUGUUUAUAUACUAUAUCUCUCUCUCUCUCUAUCUCUCUUCUGUAAUCAAGCAAAAAGUUUUCCUCUCCAUCCUGCAUCUUAACAUGUCACGCUUCCAUCAAGAAAUUUCAUUCCCAACGCCUAACAUGAAAUAACAGGACCACAGUUCAUAAAUUGACUUUGAAGAGAGUUUGUGUAAAAAUGCAAAUGGUAUUGUACUAUAUAUAUACAUACAUAUAUAUAUAUACAGUAUUCAUACAGCUUACUUCUUUACUUCUGACACACAUGCUAGUGUAAUCUAUGCCAUGUCCAGUGUGUGUUAGCAUGGCUAAAACACACACAAUUAACAUCUGUUUCACAUGCACAGAGGCGCGCAAACACAAAGCGGAGUUGUUCCACUGAGAGUAAAUGGCGGUUUCAGUCACCGGUUUGAAAUCUACUGAAAUGAUCUCUGAAUGUAGACUGUAAAUUGAAGAGUGUGUAUUUGGCUGCAGCCUCUCACCUCCACUGUGAGAUGGUUUUUCAAUGUGGCCCGUAGUAGACACCAAAUGAGAAAAGUCAUGAAUAUAUUGAUCGCAGCUGAUAAUACAGCCAACACCACAACCAUAAUCAGUGUGCUGUGUUCACUCCCGUGUGCAAGCAUUCAGUAUGUGUGCGUUUACUCCUCGGCUUGUGUCGAGGCUUUAAGAGUGUCACGUUGCUGUCAUUUUGACUCGCACGGUCUGUGACUCCUGUUAAAGUGUGUGUGUGUGUGUGUGGG